CAGAUUUUCUAUGAAAAGUAUCUGGUGCAUCAUUGAUGAGGUGAUGAUGCAUAGGUUGAUUCAGGUAGAUACUCACGAUUCUACUAAAUCUAUUCCGGAAUUGAACAAUUGUGUAUCAUUGCAUGUUUUCGUCUAUGAACUGUUUCUGAACUUACUUCGAAUGUAUGUAGGGUACCAUUUAAUGGGAUAGAUGAGGAACGCUAUUUAUGGGUAUGUUUACUUUGUGCAAGAGAACUGGUCCACGAAAUCCUUGUGAAGAUUGAAGAGCUUGCUUAAUGACAAAAUAGAUAAAGGUAACCCAUUGGGUACAUUUAUCAUUCACAAAAACUGGUCCGCAAAUUCUAUGAAGCCAAGAAACUUAACAAUUAGUUAGCUUUUCUUGAUGCCGAGAAACCUGUUUAUUUGACCUGUAAUUCUCUACCAUUCUACCAUUUGGUUUGUCUGCUUUCCUGGAAGGCCUCUUUAGUUAGCGGCAACUUUAUGUUGUUUGUUUCAAGUCAAGAGGACAUGUUCUCAUUCAGCUGACUUUAAUCUCUUUUCUAGUGUGCGUCUGUUUUUCAACAGCCUCAAUACUUCUAAAAUUAUUAAUCUAUCUUCAAAAUGGAACAACGCUUUUCCUUAGCAAAUGUGCAUGUGUCAUUGAGUGCAAAGGAUGAUUACUUGUGCUCUCUGAAUGCAGCUUGUCUCCUCCUUCUUUCCUUGGGCUUAUUGUUGAUUAGUUUUAGAAUAAUCUUUUCAUUGUAUAUCCUCUUUCUGGUUCAUCUUUGUUUUCAUUGACUGGUUAAGUGCUUCUGUCUGGAACUUGCAGAGAGGGGUAUGAGAUGGUUUUUCUUUAAGUAAUUGAAGCUCGAAACCUACUAGUAUGGACAAUGUUUUCUUGUUUGCACUAAUGUUACUUCAACUAUUCGAUAAUAAUGGUAUUCCAUAAUUCUUCAUUCUUCAUCACUGCAUAAAUGCACAUACAUGUGUCCAUUGUUAUGCCCAUGUACAUCAUGUAAACUUCUGAAACCUAGCUUGUGAAUCAUUUUGAUGGUCGACUAUCUAUAAGUAGACGCAGAUGCAUGAGGAUAGCAUUUAUAUACUUUGGAUUAUGAUAUGGUCAAUUAUGUAGUGAUAAGUUUUUUUUUGAAUCUGAACACCCAUUUAACUGUAAGCUUUCGGUUACUACUGUGGACUCUUCUGAUGAAGUAAAUAACUUUCUUAAUUUGAAUAUGGGUGAGACACACACACACACUUGACAAACUUCUCUUGUUUCCGGUGAAAAGGACACGUUGGUUGUUAGCUAGUAUUACUUGCCCUCUGUUGUCUAUCUGUUUCUUAAGGACAUCAGCAUCUAUAGUGAUGCUAUGAUUAGUUUAUCAUUGUAUUCAAUUGUGGUCUUAUUAGACAGAAUCUGUGCGUCCUACUUGAUUGUGAGUAUAUUGGAUGGCUGGUGUCUGAAGUCUUAAGCAGGGAUAGUUUCACAUAUUGAUCCAUAAGGAUAUAGUGGUUUGUUGACACUUUUUAAUCAUGAACUUGCAAUCAUCAAUGGUUAUUAGUUCAAUUAGCAGCAAACCUGUCUUCUGCUUUCCGAAGGGAGGAGAACAAAGGAAGAGCAAAUAGAAAAUAAUUUCCACUUCAGGUGCACUUUUGGCUUGGAAAAAUAUAACCUUUUAAAAAUAUAAUAAUGUUAUUAAGCUGUUGAGGGAUAGGCAUAAGAGAUUUUUCACUUGUGAUGCUUGAACUUCUUAAAAACUUUUUGUUACUGAGAUUGACAUCCUGUUCUCAUUAUUCUUAUAGCUGUGAAAUUAUGUGUUUAGAAUGCAUGGUAGGAGCCACAGUCAUUUCCUUUUGUUUCAUCAUUUAUUAACCCUCUAACUGAGAAGCAGAAAAGCAAGCUGUCUGACCUGAUUCUCUUUCUAGUUAUGUCUGCAGUUGAUAAUUUUUCUACCUGUCUGACCUGAUUCUCUUUGUAGUUAUGUCUGUGGUUGACAAAUUCUCUACAACAUCAAACUCACCUUUUCUGAUUGAUAAGCAUUUACUCUUUCCAAUUACAAUAUGGACAAUACAUAUGUGUACACAACCCUGUUACAACACCAAGUAAAACUGUAGGAUCAAUUUGACAUUUUUUUAUCCUUUGUGUAUCUCACUGUUAGGUAUCUGUUCUGAGCUGAGUCGUUUGCUUUAGUUGAGUCAGAGUGCAGUUGCUAAGUCUUAGGGAGUUGGUUAGUGGGUCAGUAAAUGGACCCAACACACAGGAUGGGGAGGUAAUUAGAGAGCCUAACCCACCCCAUUUAUUGGUUGUAUAAAGCUGAGCAUGGAUGAAAACCCUAAUACAGAAUGAAAUCUCCAUGUAUCUAAGUGAAGGCUGGGUUUCACCACGAGUUAGUGUGCGUGAGUUGCUUGUUAGCGUGAAGUCUCACAAUUGGUAUCAAAGCUGGAACCAUGGCGGCGUCCAGCAAGGUCACCUUGAAGGAUGUCAUGGCUGCCGUUGAAGCCCAUCAAAGGAAACAAUGGAAAUUAUGAACGACGGUCUGCAGGCGGUCGUGCACCAGAACCUGGAAGCUAAAGCACGGGUACAGAUGCUCAUGGCAGAGCACUCCUUGCUGAUGUCCUUGAUGCAUGAGAUGUUGAAGCCAAGCAGGGGAACAUGAUCGACCAACGCCGAUUGCACGGAGACUGCUGACGCAAGCAACCUUGACCCCCACCCUACAGCGAUGGCUACUCAAGAUCAUGGACUUCGAUUUUGAAGUCCAAUACAGAAAAGGGAAGGAGAAUGUAGCUGCGGAUGGACUGUCCCAGCAAGGCUCUCAACCAAAAGAUUUACUGCUCGGCUUUUUCGCAUGUGCAGGCUGAUUUAUGGACAAGGAUAAAACAAGCCCAUCAACAAGAUGAAUCUGUGCAUAAGGUAAGAGAACGACUAGACAACAGCCCAGUCCAAACAUAUGGGUACACAUGGAGAGACCUUUAUAUGUAUUAUCAAGGCAAAAUUUACAUUCCACCAGAAACAGAAAUUCCACAGUAUUUAUUGGAGCAUUAUCAUGAUCCAAAGACUGCAGUGCAUGCAGGGAUAGAGAAAACAUAUAGACAUAUCAAGGGCACAUUCUAUUGGCCAGGGAUGAAAAAAGCCAUCACCGAUUAUAUCAAAAACUGUCACAUCUGCCAACAAAAUCAAUAUGAAACUAGGAAGCCAGCAGGACUGUUACAACCCCAGCCCAUAUCGGAGCUAAUAUGGUAAGAUAUUUCCAUUGAUUUCAUAGAAGGGCUCCCCAGUAUCUAGAGGAAAAUCAGUGAUUUCGUGGUGGUGGAUCGGUUGACCAAGUAUGCACACUUUAUUGCAUUAGCCACCCAUUUUCUACUAAAUCCAAUGUUAUCCGUAUUGUACGAUACGGACGUGUAUCAUACAAUACGUAUCGUCUGUAUCAAGAUGAACGAUACGUUACGUUAUAAAUUUGCGAUGUGUGUGCGUAUCGCUCGUAUCGUGCGAUACGGGCGAUACCCCCAUGUAUCGCACGAUACGGGAUCAAAACUAAAAAGGGGCCCGAUGACCCCUUCUUUGCGUAUUUUUUUUAAAACCGACGCUCCUCUCUCUCUCUCUUCUCUUCUUUCUAAACAUUGCAAGAGACGUGGGAGGGAGAGUUGCAUCAAGAUUUGUCGAUGAAAAAGCUUUAUUUCUCGUUGUGGGAAGCCUCGGGACGGUGAGAAGCUUGGAGGAAGAGGGUUUUUUGGUUUCUAACACCAAGAAGGUAAGAAAUAACUCAUUUUUUCCAUUGAAUCGUUCAUUUCUCUUAUUUCCUACAUUUAUUUGUAUGUUUUUACUUGUUUUGUGAAGAUAUAAUGUCGGAUCCUGCAUGGCAGUGGUGUACAAGGGUGAAUCCCAAAGAUAGGUUAAGAGUUAAGUGCAAUUAUUGUAAGCAAAUCAUAUCAGGAGGGAUCUCUCGCUUUAAAAACCAUAUAGCUAGUACACACAGCGAUGUGGCUGCUUACACUGGCUCCCAAGAGAACCCAUUGCCAGCGUAUGUAAAGCACCAGUGUAUGGAGCUUCUUAAUGCAGUGAAAGCAAAUAGGAUUGAAAAGGAAAUGCAAGAUGCAGAGGAAGGAUAUGGGGACCCACAUGAAGAGGAAGAAAGUGAAGGUGAAGAUGUUGACCUUGAAGAAGAAGAUGUUGGUGUCAGUUUGGGAACAGAUAAAGGGAAAGACAUCAUGCAUGGAAGUGGUUCUUCUGCAACUGCAACCAGAAAAAGAAGAGGUGCAAGUGCAAGUUCAGUUUCAUGAGGACGUGGCAGGAGUCAUGGUCAUACUGGAUGUGGUAGAGCACCUAUUAUGAGGUCGAGUAAUAUGUCUGGUUCGAUCAAGAAUUUUUUUCCCAAUUAUAUUGCUGUUGGUGCUCAACCUGAGAUUCGUAUAGCCAUGCAAUCAAAAGAUAUUGUUGAAGCAGCAGAUGAAACCAUAGGAAGGUGGUUCUAUGAUGCAUCCAUUCUCUUCAAUGCAGCAAACUCUUAUCAUUUUCAGCCUAUAGCAGAUGCGAUUGCUAGUGUAGGCCGAGGGUAUAAAAUGCCCUCUUUUCAUAAAUUGCGAGGUAAAAUUCUCAACAAUGUAGUUAGAGAUGUCAAGAUAUAUUGUGAUGAACUAAAAUUGAGCUGGAAAGCUACAGGAAGUAGUGUAAUGGCAGAUGGGUGGACAGACAUCAAGAACAGAACAUUGGUAAACUUUCUUGUAUAUUACCCCCUUGGUACUAUGUUCCUAAAAUCUGUUGAUUUGUCUGAUACUCCUAAGGUUGCUGAUGUUUUGUUUGGGGUUUUUGAUAAAGUUAUACAAGAAGUUGGGCCUGAAAAUGUUGUGCAAUUUAUCACUGAUAAUGCAGCAAAUUAUAAAGCUGCAGGUGAAAUGUUAGCAGCACGAUAUGGGACAUUUUAUUGGAGUCCAUGUGUUGCUCAUUGUGUAAAUCUUAUGCUUCAGGAUCUAGGUGAAAGAGAUGAUAUGAAGUUGACAGUUCAUAGAUGCCAAGAAAUCACAAAGUUUAUUUAUAAUCAUGCUUAUGUCUUGAAUUUGACGAGGAAAUUCACAAAUGGGGCUGAAUUGAUUCGACCUGCACAAACACGGUUUGCUACAAAUGUUUUGACUGUGCAGGGUAUAGUCAAGCAAAGAACUCCUCUCAAACAGAUGUUUUCAAGUGAUGAUUGGGCUGCAUAUCCACAUGCCUAUAAAAGAAAGACUACGACAGUUGUGGAUACCAUCUUCGAUGCUGACUUUUGGGAAUCAUGUGUGCAGUUAUUGAAGAUUUGUGUACCUCUAGUGAAAGUCUUCAGAUUAGUUGAUAGUGAAGAUAGACCUUCUAUUGGAUAUUUAUAUGAGUUUAUGGACAGAGCCAAGGAGACCAUUAGAGAUAAUAUGAAGGGAAAAAAGAAGUUGUACAUGCCUAUAUGGAAGAUUAUAGAUGAAAGGUGGUCUGGACAACUUCAUCGCUCACUUCAUGCAGCAGCCUACUACCUAAAUCCUACUAUUAGAUAUUUACCACUUUUAGGAAGGACAGAGAGGUCGAGUAUGGCAUGUUGGAUUGUAUUGACAUAUUAGUAAGUGAUAGUAAAGAACAAGACGCUAUCCGUAUGUCGAUCAACAAAUAUGAUACGGCUUCUGGUACCAUGGCGAGAGACACAGCAAUUCGAUGCAGGACAACUAUGCGUCUAGGGCCUGAUUGCCCAGAGAAUUAAGGAAGCUUGCAAUUAGACUCCUCAGCCAAACUGCAACUGGAUGUGAAAGAAAUUGGAGUGUAUUUCAACACAUCCAUAGUAAGAAGAGGAAUAGGCUGGAAGCGUGGAACAUAAAAGGUUGAAUGACCUUGUUUAUGUUCGUUAUAAUAUGAAGUUGAGACAAAGGCAACUAGAAACAACAUCUACGAGGAAGCAUCACACUCAAUAUGAUCCUAUCUUCAUUGACCAUUUUGAUAUAUUAGAUUCUUGGGUUGAAGAAGAACCAUCUGCAAUACUUGAUGAGGACGAUCUUGAUUUUUUGAACGUUGAAGGAGCAAUAGAGAUUAUUGAAGAAGGAGAGGCUGGGGAGAGCAAUGGAAUGUUGGUGACAUUCCAUUUGUAACAGAGGGGAUAGAAGAAGCACUUAAUGAAGAAAAUGAAGAUGAUGAUGAAAAAUGAAGAUGAUGAUGCAGAUGACGAUUGAUGAGGCUUUUUGUUUUGAGUUUUGAAAACUAUGUCAAUAUGUUUUGUGUUUUGACUUCUGAACUUAUGAAUUGUGAUGUAACUGAAUACUCUUAGGCUGCUUAGUAUGUUAUUUUGAUUUUUGAAUGUUUGAUUUCUUAUUUUGGAAUGUGUUGUUCAUAUGCAUACUUCAUAGUUCAUACUUCAUAUACAUGAAUGAUGAAUGUUCCUUUAAAUACAUUUUUCUUGAAUUUUUCUGAUUUUUACUAGUUUUUUCUGAUUUUUUUAGAAUUUUUCUGAUUUUUUUUCUAUUUUUUAUAAUUUUUAAUGUUUUUUACAAAUUAAAAAAUUAAUUUUACGAUACGUUACGAUACAUUGACGAUACGUUACGAUACGGCGUAUAGGUCGGCCCGACCGAUACACGAUACGAUACGGCAGUGAUAACAUUGGCUAAAUCAAUAGUGAAGGCAUUUUAGGAGCAGGUGGGAAAGCUACAUGGAGUUCCCUGUUCUAUAGUAAGUGACCGAGAUUUUCUCUUUUUAAGUAGUUUUUGAAAAGAAUAUUUCCAACUACAGGGCCGCACGCUGCAAAUGAGUACAGCCUACCACCCGCAGUCUGAUGGCCAAACAAAAAUUGUCAAUAAAAGUAUGGAAACUUACCUGCAUUGCUUUGCAGGGCAGCGACCAAGACUGUGGACUGAUUACCUGUCAUGGGCAGACUAUGGCUAUAACACAGGGUGGCAUUCUUCUACAGGGACUACCCCAUUCGAAGCUGUUUACGCAAAACCCCUCCCGAUCUAAGAAGGUAUCAGCCAGGGACAGCUAAAGAGGAGGACAUUGACGCACAACUAAGGUGCAGGGAUGCCAUCUUGAAGGGCCUCAAGCAGCAUUUGGCUGCUGCCCGCAAUCGUACGACUCUUUAAUAUAAUAGGCACCACCGAAACCAGCAGUUCAAGGUAGGACAAUGUGUGUAUCUUAGAAGGCCACCGCAUGGAUUGGGAACCAAGACAACGAGAGGGAAUGUCGAGCUGGUGUCUCGUUUUGUAGGCCCUUACCUUAUUACAAGGAAAGUGGAAACUUUGGUGUACGAACUACAGCUGCUGGCAGGCAGCCAUAUCCACCCUGUUUUUCAUGUGUCCAAGCUCAAGGCAUGCUACCAAAUCCCCGCAGCUGAAGAGAUAAGUUUAGCACCAGUUUUGCAAGACACCCCAGCCUUGUUCCCUUAUCGCAGGUUGGCCACACGCAAGGUAACAAAUGUUAACAACAUAGUUACUGAAUGUUUCAUUGAAUGGACCAGCUAUGAGGACUUACCGGCUACCUGGGAGCUUGCAGAAGACAUUCAGCGCUGUUUCCCUGAAUUCACACCUUGAGGACAUGUUACUGUAAAGGGGGAAUACUUGUUAGGGAUCUGUUCUGAGCUGAAUCUUUUGCUUUAGUUGAGUCAGAUGAAGUUACUAAGUCUUAGGGAGUUGGUUAGUGGGUUGGUAAAUGGACCCAGUGCACGGGUCGGGAAGGUAAUUAGAGAGCCUAACCCACCCCCACUUAUUGGUUGUAUAAAGCUGAGCAGGGAUUAAAACCCUAAUACAGAAUGAAAUCCCCCUGUUUCUAAGUGAAGGCUGGGCUUUCACAGCGAGUUAGUGUGCGUGAGUUGCUUGUUAGUGUGAAGUCUCACACUCACAUACCAAGUAAUCAUGCUAUCUCAUUUGUGUAUAGUUCAGUUUCUUCUUGGACAGAUUUGUAUACUUGGGAUGAUUGGAAUUUCCUAAAAUUGAUAAGUUUAGGCAAUAAGAAGCAUGGUCAUUUAAAGGGGUUAUAUAUGGUCUUGUUGUUUCAUACUAUGUCUGUCUGUUUAUGUGAAAGAUUUUACAUUGAUAAACAACUAAAACACAGCCAAGGAUUCCUAUGAAUUUGGUUAUUUUCUUAAUCAUCAGAUUCGCCACUAUACAUACUGAGACAUAAUGGUAAGUACCAUGAUGAGAAGCAAGGAUAAGAAACUACAGGUCUGCUAGGUCCCACCUCCAGAGGAUUCGGUGAUGGAGGAUGGAUAUGAUAGAGUGCAUUCGCUUCAACAGUAUGUUGUCUCUGUAGCGACAGGAACCCUCUAGUUAUGAUGAAAGGCACCAAGAAGAAUGGGAGGAGGAUUUCAAAACAACUGCCUUUGCCUACUUAGAAAACUUUCCAUCCUCUUCUGUUGGCCUGCUGUGAACCUUGACAGGCUUGUAUGGUGGGCUUCCCCAUCUAAGGUCUGGUUGCCAAGAGAAUGCAGUGUAGCAUGUUCUUUUUUUGGUAGGCCUAGAAUCACAAGGUUUUCAUUUUUGAAAGCCAUUGUGUAGAGGAACAAGUAAUUCAUUCACAUGUGAAUGUGAUUUGAAUUCAAAGGGCUAGUAGACAAUUGAAUGAGAAGCAUGAAAGUUAUGAUAAAUCAUGAGAACUGAGGAAGGUGAUAUGGUGAAUAAUGGUUUGAGAAGGGUCUUUUCUUGUCGUUGGCAAUAACUAGUUAUGAUGUUGACUGGGAUUACACUUUUUCUUUCGUGUACAGAUUUGGUUUUUGUUGGUAGGGAUAAGUAGGUUCAGAUCUAUUGGUAGGGGAUAAGUAGGUUCAGAUCUAUGUAACUCGAACACUCCUAAAAGGGUGGGGUAGCCAUGUCAACAUGACCUGACGUGGGUGCAGGUGUGGUUGUGGACAUGGCUUGGAUGUGGUGUUAACCAUGUCAGGUGCAGUCAGUGCACCCAAGGACGAACUUGACCAAUUUGGGACCCAAAAUUGUGUAAAAAUCAAGGUUUUUUUUUUUUUUUUUAAGUUCACUGUGUAUAUGCACACUACAAUGCAAAAGCCUCUAGCAUCCAAUUCAUCUCUGGUUUCCGGCAUCUGGACACCUUCCCCAGCAAGUGGCAGCUGUCUUCGGCGAGGUAUAGACUUUCUCCAGCAGAUGAACUCAUCUCCACCUCUCCAAUCAGUUGUUUUUAGCUUUUCUUACUUUCUUUGAUUGCCUAUGCUCGUCCAAGAAACCUACUUGCUUUUUUCCUUCGUUUUGAAUGUUGCAUAUUGACUGUGAGUCUGUGAGAUGUUGCAUUAUAUUUAUUGGCAAUUUUUUUGUCUGUGUUCAGAUUUGUGACAGAUUAGCAUGUUUAGAUGGUUAUUUAUUUUAUGUUGCAUCUUGCAGAAUAUAAAUCGCCACUAUGAUAAAUUUUAUAUAUAUAUAUAUGUAUAUAUAUAUAUAUAUAUAUAUAUAUACACACACACACACACACACACACACACACACACAGAAAAAUUAAAUGGUGACUCCGGUCAUCUAGAGUCACCAGGCUCACUCAUGAGGGCCGUCUGAUCCAUCAUGAUGGACAGCUAAUAGAAAAACAAUGAGAAAAAAAUGAUAGACAUUUUUGGAAUCCAGUAUAUGCAGUCACCCAAGUUCUUUUUUGAAGUGCUCUAUAUCGCCAACAGUUGGAAAAUGUCUUGUUUUUCAUUGCUAAACCAACAUAAGCCGUUCUUAAAGGUAAAAAUCUCGCAAUGUUUUCAAAGUAUGUCAUAAGUGUUUCUCUUGAUAGUAUUGUGAUAUUCCCUCUUUUUGUAAUUUUCGGUUUAACGUAUUUUUAUUUCAUGUUCUCAUCUUUUCUUUAUCCUGAAAUUCUAAAACCUAUGUUGAACCUUUGCUAAUAUAUCCAUAAGGAAGGCAGUGUAAAAUUCUGAAUUUCAUAAACUUUUUCUAUUAUUUAAAAAAAAUUAUAAUUUUUCAUGUCCAUAGAUGUUCCCCAGAAAAGUAACUUUGCGGAAAAAUACUUGAGAAAUACCUCAAUGAUAAGAACUGUAUUUGUGACUAUGGUAUGAAGUCACAAUUUUAAUCAGAAAAUUACCAGGUUCUCAAAACCGUAUACUGACCAUUUACAUCGUUCAUCGACCAUGCCGGUCAAUGAGUCCAUGAGGUGCUGAUGUAGUAAAAAAUAAUUCCUAAUAUUCUUUGGCCUGUAAAAUCCAGAUUUUAGGUAUUUUUUGUUGAAGUUGUAAUUUAAAAACUAUGGUUGGUCUACUUUCCUAGGGUUUGCUACGGUAUUCUGAUUCAUUAUGGUGCUAGAGUGUUUGCUUUUCAUAAUUCCAAUUAACGGAGCUUCGAACAUGGUAAUUGAUAUGGGUGAUCAUCAUCUCUUUAUCUUACUCGUACUUUUAAGAAUCUUAUCUGCUUAGUUCAGGUUCUUUUUAAGACUUGAGAAGAACUAUUUGUCUUUUGACAUUUUUCAUGCUUAACUCACAAUCGCUGGUCUUUCAUUUUUAUUUAAUUUCAAUUGGGAUGUCUGUGUGCGUGGGUUUGUAGAUAAUGAGAGAGAGAGAGAGAGAGAGAGAGAGAGAGAGAGAGUGAAUUGGUGGAGUUAAGCAAGCUGCCGCUCUAGCAGAGCUCUAUUAGAGCAGAGUAUCUUCAUUGAAGGCAGGCCACUUUGGUGGCAUGUCCUUGCAGACUCUACCUUGGUAAAGCAUGCCUCUUUUAGAACUCGUCUAGUGAUUUAGUUUGCACUGCUUGAAACUCAGCAACUGGCGUUGAUAUGAGAUUUUAAAUGAUUUUUGGUUUCGACUUCCACCAUAUUCCUGUAAGAGCUGCCAUCGUUCCAACAAGUUUCUAUCCUGAAUUUGGAAAUAUUAAUACCAGCGAGGAAUCUGAUCAGUUAUUUCCAUUAUCUUUCACCUUAGAGUGCUCUAGCAGCCAGCCUAGCUUAACACAUAUCCUCGAUUAAUUCCUAAUUGUUACACCAAUUCUCUGUGCUUUUUGCAACCAACAGGAGGCAGCUGUUUGCUAAAGAUAUGUCCAAGAUAAGAGUAAGGAGGUGGUUGACAUUCCUUAAAGACAAGGUGAAAUUAAUUUGUUCUGCAACAUAUUUCAAGUUAGGCUGAAACGGGAACUACCAGGCUCUUGGUGCACCUGCUUUUUCUGUAGGUUACUCUGCUCAUGAACAGUGCCUUGUUUGUUCUUCAGCAUAGCCAUUUCAUUAAAUGUUUGCAUGUUAUGCUACGUCGUGAAUGUCCUAUGCAGCAACUUUGUGAUCAAGACUUCUAUAGACAUUCAAGAUCAUUUUUGUUCGCUCAAGGGUUUGUCUUGGACCUCGUUUUCGGCAGAAGGAAUCAAGAGCUGCUGUACUGCCAAAUCUUCCGAUCCGUGAGCAUCAUUCAUAAGAGGAUGCUACCAGACAACCAUUUUUUAGUUCUCCUAUAUACAACAAUCUCAAGCUGUAAUGACGUAACAGACGUCUAAAGGCAGAGAGGGAGAGAGAGAGUCCUCAUCACACUUGGAUGUCUGGAAGGUGAACGCCAAUACGUUGCCUUGGUUUUUUCUUUUUCUGGAUGAUGUGGAAUCUUCCAGGAACUAGUUCGGCCUUCGCUGCCAUUUCUUACUAUGAUGGAAAAUGUUAGUUUGCAGAAUGACAAUAUUAGGGUUCGAUCUUA